AUGCAGCCCUUUCCUGUGCCAUCACCCAAUUUACUGGCCGUGCUGCAGCAACGCCAGCGCCAGCGUGCAGAUGCCAGCGGUAAGAGUGCAAGUAAGCGUGGCUGUUGCAAAUGCUGGUGUGGACUCCCUGGUUGCAGUGGUUCGUCAACUCCAGAAAUGGUCACGUACAAGGCGGACUCUGCUGGCUGUGAUUGCCGCGGCUGGCUGCGCACAGUUCUUUCUUUGCAUGGACGCCCGGUUUUACAUUGUUUGCCUCCCAUGCUUGCAGUCUUUGCGAUGGCGAUGGCUGCGACCAUCGUGAAAGGAUCUCAUCUGAUCUUUGGCCAGCAGUGGGAGCUUCCAGAGUUAGAAGCAACUCUCAAAGAGGACUAUGCGCUGCUUCUGACUCCAUUGACUUUUUUGCUGGUGUACCGUUUGAACCGGUCGGCUGUUAGAUUCUAUGAUGCACGAGCUGCCGCAGGAAAACUCAUAGAAACGUGUCGGGUGCUUGCUGGCGAAACAGUCCGCUUUUGUGCCCAUGAUCCUUGGGCUUGUGACGAGAUUUGUCGAUGGGUUGUAGCAUUUCCAGCAGCGACAAGGAACUUUCUCCGAGGGCAUUCCCGCCUAGAUGAUGUCGAGGGCAUCCUAUCGAGCUCUCAGAUUCUUGCCUUAAGCAAGGCCCCAGUGCAGACACUCUUCUGCUGUGAUCGGAUGCGGCAUGCAGUGCUGAAAGCAACUCGGAGCAACUUGACAGAUCCUGCACCAGUGUCUGCUGUGAUGCUGCAGACACUGGAGGGCCAUAUAUCCACUCUUACUGGCGCCAUGGGUGCUAUGGAAAGGAUUAACAACACCCCACUUCCAUUUGCAUAUGUGGCACAUCUGCGCACUUGUUUAACGCUCUACUUGCUAGGGCUACCAUGGAUUCUGCAGAUGGAAUCCUGGUGGUCAGUACCGAUGGUACUUUUAAUCAGCUACGCGCUCCUGGGAGUGGAAGCAGCAGCCGUGGCCUGCGAGCGCCCGUUCCAUGACCAAUCGAACCACUUGCCUUUCAACGCCUUCGCCGCAGUCGUUGCAGAGAAUGUGCAGCAAGUCCUCCAAGAUGCAGCGGACUACCCCAGCGAUUUGCCGCCUCGCGAAGGGUUUGAGCCUGAAACUGACAGGUGCACGCUCUAA